AUGGGAGGACGCUGGCACACCGCUCUGAUUGUGUUUUCAAUCGCCACACUCGACGUGGCAACAUCGCACAUAACAAAAGAAAAGGUAAUCAAGAUCCCUGAGAAGAUCAUCGGGGGAGUCAUCGACAUUGUCCAGAGUCACAAGAACAAGCCCCCCGCAGGGACUCAGGGGAAUUACCAGCAACAGGGCCAGUUCCAGUCGCAAUGGAACCAGCAGUCUCAGGGGAACUACGCCAAUCAGUACCAGAACCAAUACCAACAGCAGUUCCAAGGUCAAGGCCAGAACAACUAUCAAACUGGAGCUAACUUCCAAGGAGGAAGUGCACCUAACCAAGUGUAUCCGGUAACCCAGGGUGGUUUUACUGGACAGAACCAAGCACAGAAUCAAGGGCAAUUUCAAGGGGGGUAUCAGAAUCAACCUUCAGGGCAGUUCCAAACACAGAAUCAACAACAAGGAGGGCAAUUCCAGAGCCAGAGUCAGACCCAGAUUGGAGGAAGUCAAUUCCAAAGUCAAAAUCAAAACCAAGGACAGUUUGUUGGAAACCAGCAACCUACCGGGAACUAUCAAGGGACUAACCAAGUCGCUGGAAACUUCCAAGGGACCAAUCAACAAGUAACAGGCAGCUUUCAAGGUACAUCCCAACAAAGUACUGGCAAUUAUCACGGUUCACAGCCCACUCCAGUAUAUCAACCAACUGGUAAUUACCAGGGUACUAGUCAGCAAACCAGUGGAAACUAUCAAGGUUCUUCUCAGCAAACUACGGGACACUACGGUUCUAGCCAGCAAACCAGUGGGAACUAUCAGGGUUCUAGCCAGCAAACCGGUGGAAACUAUCAAGGUACUUCUCAGCAAACCAGCGGACACUACCAAGGUUCCAUCCAACAGGGUUCUACUGGCACAUAUCCAGUGCCGACCAAGCCUACAGGAAGCUACCAAGGCACCCAACAGGCCAGUGGUCAAUACCAAGGACAAGAAGGUCAGUUCCAGAUCGUUGCUCAAUCCGGAGGAGGAGGCUCAAGCAGUAAUGGUACCGGCCCUACAUGCAUAUGUCAAGCAUGGACAAAACCAGAAACUGUUGACCCCAAGCCAAAGAUUGAAAAGCCAGUGAAGAAGGAUUCAGCCGAGAAAAAGGAUAAGAGCCUGUAG